CCUCUAGCACAGUGCCUUAGACCGCUGCGCCACUCGUGAGCCCCAAAUUCAACCAGAAACAGAAGCAAAAGGUCUGUCUGCACAUGAUGUAAUCUGGUGAAAACAUUUGAAAAGAUGCCAUUACCUUAAGGAGCAAUUGAAAGGUAAGAAACAAAAAUGACAUGUGAUCAGAAAAUUGUAACAGUAAUCGUUUGCAAUGAGGACCAGAUUCAAAUUCUAUUAUACUGUAGUUCCAUCUAACAACACAUCACCUUAUUGUGAUAGAUUAUGAGUGAGCAGCAUUGGUAAUCUCCUUCUGUCAGGAGCUGACAGUCUUAAUAGGGGAAUAUUCAUGUUGGAAUGGUGCCCCUGACUGGAACUCCAUAUAUGGGCAUAGCUGUCUCAUCUAAAUGUAUGUUGGAAUUGUGUCUUUGCAAGAACUCCAUGUAUGGGCCUGACAGGAACUCAUUUUGUGGGCGUAGUAAAUUGUUUGCUAAAUGAUUACACCUGAGUUCUAUCUGAAUCAAGAGUUUUUAUGCUAGCACAGUUUGGUUUUCAUCAGGUCGUCAAUUGAUUAUGGAUGCUUUGAUUGCUGAUUGCUUUUAAGACUGUGCCUGUUGAUACUUUACAAGUGUAACUGUCUCAGAGGGUUUUGGGCUGGGGAGUUGGAAACAAGGUAGCAGAGUAGGAUCUCGGGGAUCUAAUAACCAAGCCAUAUGUGGCACUGGGGAAUGUUCCUCCAUGGUUCUUUCCAAGGCCUUAUGAGAAUUUGAUUGUGGAAUAGGAGUGGUGUGAUGUUGGUAAUGAAUGGGGAUGCUUUUUUCCCUGGACGAAAGUUUGUUAUAAAUCAACGACAGAUGUCAACGUUUGACAGCUUUUUGAGCUCUGUCACGCGUGGGGUUGAGGCUCCUUUUGGAGCGGUCCGAAAUGUUUACACUCCAAGGGAAGGGCACAAAAUCCAUGACCUCGUCAACUUGCAGCACGGGGAGAGAUAUGUUGCAGCCGGAGGAGAGCGUUUCAAAAAGCUUGAUUAUUACCAUAUAACAACGAAGAAACCACAGAAAAAGAAGAAUGAGCAGAUCCGACCUGUAGUUCACAGUAGAAUAGUUGUUUCUGCUCGCUGGAGGAAAAUAAUAAACGAGUCAUGCACUAUCAAUGUUUUUACCAAUGGAGAUGUGUUGGUUCCUCCAGCUCGGAUACUGAUACCAAAGUAUACUCUCACAAACUGGGAAAGUGUCUUGGCCAUGGUGACCGAGAGGGUACAUCUGCGCACUGGUGCUGUGUACAGACUGUGCACAUUAGAUGGGACUACUUUACUUGGGCCAGAGGAGCUAGAGAACAACCAGUACUAUGUUGCUGUGGGAGCUGAGAAGUUCCGCUUCUCGCCAUACUUCCAGUGGGUCCCCAGCAGAGGAAUCAUUCGGGACAACAGUCAUCAUGCAAUCAACAAUGACAGUCUCCCAGUCCCUGUUCCCACAAGGAAAGGCAAACAUGCAAAAUUUGCUCACACAGGCUCUGGAGAUGACCUUGAGCACACAGCCAGGGGCCAUCCCAAGAACGCCACAGAGUCUUACUUCUACGCCAAGCCAGAGAAGGAGAGAGAGACAGCCAAACAACAGAGGCAGGUGUCCAGACUCCCACUUCUUUACACAACGGGCGAAGGCAGUGUGUUCCGUGCGAAAGACAAAAGAAGUGAAACUGUGGGAGCAGCUGAGGUCCAGGAAGAUGGCAGAGUGAUGGUGGACCUGCCAAUUGACCAGGUUGAGGCCAAGGUAGUCCCGGAGGAAGAGCAGUAUGUCCGGAGGAAUUCUAGGCCGGCCGGUGAGACCCAGAGUCCCUACAAAGCCUUCCUCCAAGGCUCUGAUGCAUCCAGGAAGGCCUCGGCCCCCUCGUCUGGUCGCGGGGAGUCAGGUAGAGGCACUGGUCUGACCAGCUCCAGAGACGGAGGACUAAAGUCGCCGCUGGAACCUGAGCCACAGGAGACUAAAGAGGAGGUGGAGGCAGUGUCGUCCUCAAAUCUGUGCGGAAUACGGUCACGGAUGUCCAAGUUCUUCAAGGAAAAAAGAAAAAAGUGACCAGUUUCCAGACCAAAAUGCCAUUUAUUCAGUCAGAGAAUUCUAAGAGCCAGAAUCAGAAAGUCCUGUAGUAACAGGAGCGGUCGAGGACAGCGUACCCCUUACGAGACCCCCACGUACGAGAUUAAAAAGUGUUUUAAACCAAAUAAAAAUGUUUGUGUCUUGACAGCCCCA